AUGCUCCCUCGCAGGCAGGACUACGGGGUGAAAAUGACCGGAGGAGUGCGCGGAGGCUCGGUUAUAAACUUUAGGACGACGGUGAACUCGGGCUCCGGCCGCCGCCGCGGCAGCUCCGCGGUGCUGCCGUCGGUGCUAACGUUCCUGGUGAUCGUCGCCUCCGGAGGCCUGUUGCUCAUGAUAGAGAAAGGAAUGCUGAACAGCAUGGAGACGCCUCCACCCCGGGGGAGCGGCAAGCGGCUGGACUUCAUCAGGCAGGUCGGGAGGCACGGUCCGGAUGCUGUGGACGUGGAGUCCCAGAUCCUCCAGGAAAUCCGUAACCGGACAAUCAGGACCAUGUGCAGCCAGAAGAACAUGCCGCACAACAUCUGGUCCCUGAGCCCCCUGCAGAGGAAGACAGUGCUGCAGCACAUCCUGGUGAAUGAUCAGUAUCACUUCCUCUACUGCUACGUCCCCAAAGUGGCCUGCUCCAACUGGAAGAGGGUGCUGAAGGUCCUGAGCGGAGCUCUGGAGAGCGUGGACGUCAACAGCAAGAUGAACCACCACAGCGACCUUGUGUUUUUGUCCUCUCUCAAGCCCGAGGAGAUCCGCUACCGCCUCAAGCACUACUUCAAGUUCAUGUUUGUGCGGGAGCCCAUGGAGCGCCUGCUGUCCGCGUACAGGAACAAGUUCGGAGAGAUUCAGUCCUACCAGAAAAAGUACGGCGUGGAGAUCGUAAAGAGGUACAGGAAAAGUCGCGCCAAGGACGCGCCCAUAAAAGGAGAUGACGUGACUUUCGGGGAGUUCGUCCGUUACUUGCUGGACGAGGACGUGGAGCGCAUGAACGAGCACUGGAUGCCGAUGUACAACCUGUGCCAACCCUGCGCGGUGAACUACGACUUCAUCGGCUCCUACGAGCGCCUCGAAAGCGACUCGGCGUACGUGCUGCAGCACGUCGGGGUGCCUCCUCACAUUCAGUUCCCAGAGAGGCAAACGUGGUACAAGCCGGUCACCACGGAGACGUUACACUAUUACCUGUGCAGCUUACCGCAGAAGCUGCUGAAGGAACUCCUGCCCAAGUACAUUUUAGACUUUUCCCUCUUCACUUACCCUCUCCCCAACACAACCACUCAACACUGCCGGCAUUAAAUGUGCAAUGUUUUAUAGUUCUGAGAAUAUUUUUUAUAGAGAAUCAUUUGUACUAUUUUUUAUUCCCUGGGAACAAACAGUAUUAAGGGCUGUUACGUAUUUUUUACUACAGAUGGUCGAAUAUCAUUGCAAAAAGCUGAUUAUCGGAAGAGGUGGGGACUUCACUUUAAAACCACUAAAGCUUGAAAUCAGCUUCAGACACUUUCCAUCUCAUUUCAACGCGUUUCUGACGUGCACUGUUACAGUAAACGAACCAAUCCAGUAUACAAUAAUGGAAAUGUACACAAGCAGUUUGUAUUCAGCUUAUUUCUUCAUCUACACGUUGAAGGAGGUUAAAGGGUUAACGAUUUCAAUGGGCAUUCAGUGCUUUAGCGGGCUAAAACACAAACCAUGUACUCACGGGGGGGGGUGAGGUUUGAAUCAUGCUUGUGUUCUGUUGUCGUGUCACAGACUCUCCUUCUGGUCUUUCCUAUAACUUUGGACUAUUUACCUUCUAAUAAAACACAAGUUCAAGUUUUGUGAUAUACAA